AUGCCAGCUUCAAGAAGAAAUUGUUGUAUUCUUGGAUGUAAUAAUACAUCACGUCGAGAACGUGGAUUCGGUGUGGAAGUGAAAUUUUAUAAAUUUCCAGAGAGCAUGUUAGGAGCCUCACGGAAAAUAUUAAAACGUAAACAGUGGAUGAAUGCAGUGAAAAAUUACGUAGAAAAUCCAAAAGACUGGGUACCAAAUAAAUAUAUGAGGAUUUGUAGUACCCAUUUUGUAAAUAAUGAAAAAUCAGAGCAUCCUUUACAUCCAUCUUAUGUUCCUUCGAUUUUUCCUGGACGUGAAAAUAUAAAAAGAAAUAUUCAAUCCUUAGAACGUUUCCAACGAGCCAGGAAUCGUGAAACAAACACAAUCCACAUCGAUAAAUAUAUUGUGAGUGAAAAAGAAAGAAACAACAUAAACAUUGACAAUACGAUGGACACAGUAAUGGAGCAAGGUAAUGAAGAACAUGCAAGUCGUGUUGAAGAACAUCCGAUUGAUAUUCAUGUUGAAACUGUUACGGUGAAGCCUGUGCAACGGAGCAUAAGUUGUCAAACAGAGAUAGUAAAUAUUCCAAUAAAAAAAACACAAAAUAAAAUUUGUGAAGCUAAAAUACCAAUUAUAAAAAAUGUUAAAGAUUCGAGUUGUGAUCCAAUAAAUAUAGACCUUAGUAAAUCUUGUCAAGGUUUUCAUGGACUCUCUUCAAUUACUACUGACGAAGCAAUGAGCAGUUUAACAGGUGUGACGUUAGCAAUUUUUUCAUGGCUUUUAACUAUGUUACCAGACUGUAAAGCCUCUAAAGUAGACAAAAAAACAAGUUUCCUGAUAACAUUAGUCAAAUUGAAGACGGGUUUAUCAUUUACUGCAUUGGCAAAAUUGUCACAUCAUAAACAUUUGAUACACUUGUCUGUGGCACAACUUUACCGGUUAUGA